UAAACCCUUAGAAGAACACUUCAUAUAAGCUCACAGGAGUUCUUUCAAGCACCUCAAACCCCAUCCUCAACAUGGGUUCACAAGCAGCAGAUCAAACCUUGAGAUGGGAAGAGCUACAGCAGCUUGAUAUUGAUGACGCUAAAACUAGUCAGCUUGAAAGAGCAAAUUGGGUGAUGAAUUCUCCUGAUCCACCAGGCCUUCUGUCUGAACUUGUAGCUUCAGUGAAGGCAAUUGUCUUCCCUCAUGGAAAAAAAACUCCAAAGCAAGCUGGGGCCACAAAACCUGCUAUAUCAUUCUUGCAAAGCCUUUUUCCGAUCCUUAGUUGGGGCAGAGGUUACAGAGUCUCCAAGUUUAAAAGUGAUUUAAUGGCAGGUUUAACACUUGCUAGCCUCAGCAUUCCUCAGAGCAUUGGGUAUGCUAAUUUGGCAAAACUUGAUCCUCAGUACGGCCUAUACACCAGUGUUGUUCCUCCUUUGAUUUAUUCUGUAAUGGGGAGUUCAAGAGAGAUAGCCAUUGGACCUGUAGCUGUGGUAUCUAUGUUGCUCUCUUCCAUGAUUCAGGACAUACAAGAUCCCGUAGCUGACCCUGCUGCUUAUAGGAAGUUGGUUUUUACUGUUACCUUCUUUGCCGGAACCUUUCAAGCUAUAUUUGGUUUGUUUAGGUUGGGAUUUCUUGUGGACUUUCUUUCACAUGCCGCUAUUGUUGGAUUUAUGGCUGGUGCAGCCAUUGUUAUUGGCCUUCAGCAACUUAAAGGGCUACUUGGUAUCAGUCAUUUCACUACUAAAACUGAUGUAGUCUCUGUCCUGCAUUCUGUUUUCACAUCAAUUGAUCAUCCGUGGUCGCCACUAAAUUUCGUUCUGGGCUGCUCAUUUCUUAUCUUCCUCCUAUUUGCCAGGUUCAUCGGCAGGAGAAACAAGAAGUUUUUCUGGCUUCCAGCCAUUGCUCCUCUUAUAUCAGUUAUAUUAUCCACUUUGAUAGUGUUCUUGGCAAAAGCUGACAAGCAUGGAGUUAAUAUUGUAAAACAUAUCAAAGAAGGCCUGAAUCCAAGUUCAGUCCAUGACUUACAAUUCAAUGGUCCGCAUGUUGGACAAACAGCCAAAAUUGGCCUCAUUUCUGCAAUUAUUGCUCUUACCGAAGCGAUUGCUGUUGGCCGGUCUUUCGCUUCCAUAAAAGGUUACCACCUUGAUGGGAACAAAGAAAUGGUAGCCAUGGGCUUCAUGAACAUUGCAGGAUCUUUGACUUCUUGCUAUGUGGCAACUGGGUCAUUCUCAAGAACUGCAGUGAAUUUCAGUGCAGGAUGCGAAACUGUAGUAUCGAACAUAGUAAUGGCUAUUACAGUGCUAUUGUCCCUGGAACUGUUUACUAGGCUCUUGUAUUAUACUCCCAUUGCCAUUCUUGCUUCAAUCAUUCUAUCUGCUCUUCCUGGACUCAUUAACAUACAUGAGAUUUGCCACAUCUGGAAGGUGGAUAAGCUAGACUUCAUUGCUUGCAUUGGUGCUUUCUUUGGUGUUCUGUUUGCAUCAGUGGAAAUCGGUCUUCUAGUUGCGGUAACCAUCUCAUUUCUGAAGAUAUUACUGAACUCUAUUCGACCAGGCAUAGAAGAACUUGGAAGAAUUCCAAGAACAGAUACUUACUCUGACAUCAAUCAAUAUCCCAUGGCCAUUAAAACUUCAGGCAUUUUAACAGUCCGAAUCAACUCUGCCUUGCUUUGCUUUGCAAAUGCCAAUUUCAUAAGAGAAAGGAUAAUGAGUUGGGUCACAGAAAAGGACGAUAAAACAGAAGAUAACACUAACGGAAGGAUCCAAGCAGUAAUUCUUGACCUGUCCACUGUAACAAACAUCGAUACUGCAGGAAUUAUUGCACUAGAAGAGCUGCACAAGAAGUUGCUUACACAUGAAACAGAGUUGGUUUUAGCCAACCCAAGAUGGCAAGUGAUGCACAAGCUAAGGGUAGCUAAAUUCUUAGAUAGAAUUGGAAGAGAAAAGAUUUUCCUCACAGUUGGUGAAGCUGUAGAUGCAACCGUUACUACUAAAUUGAAUAGCUGUUGAUUGUUGUAACCCAAAGAAAACAAGAAUAUAAAGGAGUUGUUAGAUUGA